AUGCAUUUGCUCACACAUGUAAACCUCCUCAGAUCUCUCUCUCUCUCUCUCUCUCUCUCUCUCUCUCUCUCUCUCACUCAAGCAACAGAGACUUUAAUAUAAGUUAAAACCAAGGAAGUCGAAAUGUCGAAUAUUGCUGAUGCUGUGACUAUGACGACCACGAGCUACAAGGGUACGAUGCCGUUUCUUGUUUUCUUCAGAGACUCGAGAAAUAUAUUCAAGACGGAUUCGCUUGGGCGGGAGAUUCUUGGCAUUGCGUUGCCUGCGGCGUUGGCUUUAGCCGCAGAUCCUAUCGCUUCUCUCAUUGACACUGCUUUCAUCGGUCGCUUAGGGCCCGUAGAGCUUGCUGCUGUGGGGGUGUCCAUUGCGAUAUUCAACCAAGCUUCAAGAAUUACGAUAUUUCCUCUGGUGAGCAUCACGACGUCCUUCGUGGCGGAGGAGGACACAAUGGAUAAGAUGAACGACGAAGUUGUCCCUGACUCGGACAAGGGGUUAAAUUCGAUUCUCGUCGUCCCCGGGAGAAAUGCUGAAGAACCUGAGCAAUCCGCCCCCGAGGAUUCCAUGGAAAAGGGCAUAGCUUCUUCGGCCGCAGCUAAAGUCCCUUCUCUGCCCUCGGAAAACGGUUCUGAUACAAAGACUGGUAAUCCGAUGCCCAAAUCGAGUAAGGCGGAGAAGGGCAAGAGCGGAAAACGGCAUAUCCGUUCUGCAUCGACCGCACUGAUUCUCGGAUUGAUUCUUGGCCUCUUGCAAGCUAUUAUCUUGGUUUUCAGUUCAAAGGUUCUUCUAAGUGUCAUGGGGGUGAAGCAUAAUUCGCCUAUGCUACGGCCGGCACAUAAGUACUUGAUCCUCCGAUCUGUGGGUGCUCCUGCUGUUCUUCUUUCGCUUGCGAUGCAAGGCAUCUUCCGUGGGUUUAAAGACACCAGAACUCCCCUCUAUGCCAUUGUUGCUGGAGAUGCAAUGAACAUCGUACUCGAUCCAAUCUUCAUCUUCGUCCUUCGUCUUGGAGUCAGUGGUGCCGCCAUAGCUCACGUUCUUUCUCAGUACUUGAUAUGUCUGAUUCUGUUCAUCCGUUUGGCCAAGAAAGUCAAUCUGAUGCCACCGAGCCUCGGGGAUUUGCAGUUCAGCCGCUUCCUCAAGAACGGGGUGCUGCUUCUGGCCAGAGUUGUGGCUGUGACAUUCUGUGUGACUUUAGCAGCAUCAAUGGCCGCUCGUCUCGGUUCCACUCCGAUGGCCGCUUUCCAGAUCUGUUUACAGGUCUGGUUAACGUCUUCCCUUCUCGCCGAUGGCCUUGCUGUUGCUGGUCAGGCUAUUCUGGCGUGUGCAUUUGCUGAGAAGGACUACAACAAGGUGACUGCAGCCGCGUCCCGUGUUCUACAGAUGGGUUUCGUAUUGGGACUGGGACUGGCUCUUUGUACAGGAUUGGGACUCUACUUCGGCUCAGGAAUCUUCUCCAAGGACCCUAACGUUAUUCACCUCAUAGUCGUUGGCAUACCGUUCGUUGCAGCGACGCAGCCCAUCAAUUCAUUGGCCUUUGUGUUUGACGGGGUCAACUUUGGAGCGUCCGAUUUCGCUUACACUGCAUACUCCAUGGUUGCAGUUGCGGCAGUAAGUGUUGCGGCGGUGAUAUUGAUGGCGAAGAGCGGUGGGUUCGUUGGGAUUUGGAGUGCUCUUACUAUUUAUAUGGCUCUCCGAGCUAUUGCCGGAAUUGCUAGGCUGGGAUCGGGGACCGGACCAUGGAAGUUCAUGCGAAGCCGAUCUUGAAAGUAGAAAGUUAUUGGUGGUUGUGUUUUUUGUUUAAAAUAACUUUUCUAUUUUCUCUUAGAAACUUACGAGUUCAAAAACGUUAUUUAUACAAAAUUAAAUAAUUUGUUUUA